AUGGCUGCUGCUAACAGUGACAUUUUACAUAGAUCAACCCUGAGUGUUUACAAUAAUCUCGUGGAUGAGUUUAACCCCGGCUUACAAAAGCUAGUUAUUUUGGGGAACAGCUACAUGAAAGCUUUUCAAGCCCUGGCUCAGACGAGUGAGGCCUACUUCAGUUUUCUUGCUAAGAUGGGCGAGCAAGCGCUCAACACUUUAUCAUCCAAAUCGCUCGGUGAUGUGCUGAUUCAGAUAUCAGAGACCCAGCGCAAGCUGACAGCUGAGGUGGAGGGUGUGUUUUGUUGGUUCCAUGUGGAGGUUCUGCAGGCAAUGGACAAGAAUGUGAAGCUGGAUGAGGAGUACAUUGAGGGAAGCCGUAGAGUCUAUGAACUGGAGGUAAGAAAUCAGGCUGCAGUUCUGGAGAGGCAGCUGAGACGUGGAGCAUUCAGAGACUCGCUGGAGGGUAGCGAGUACAUGCAAUACCUGAGACAAAGCCAGCAGGAAAUUCUUAAAGAGGAAGAGAGAAGGUAUCGUUUCCUGGCCGAGAAACACUGCGGACUCACACAGUCUCUACUGUUUCUUAUCAACAAGACAGGGGUAUCUCUACAGCAGAGAGCCGAUGGCUGGAAAGAGAGAGUCAGCGAGACCAGAAGCUCCAGACCUCGAACGCCCACUCCGUCAGAUCAAGUGUCUCAGUUAAGGAGUUCUUUAGGCUCUUUUCUUCAGACUGGAGAUCGAGCAAUGUCGCAUGAGCCGCUUGGCAGAGUUCCCUCUAGAGCCCCGUCUCCUCUGCCCAGCCGGUCUCGCUCCAGCUCUGUGGGUGAGUCUUUGGGUCUGGGUGGUGGCCGCUCCAUGAGGGCCAUAGCAUCUCAUCCUCCUUCAUCAAAUCCAGUCCUGCUGCCGUUUUCCCGUGGCGACAUGCUGACUGUACUCAUACCAGAACCCAGGAAUGGCUGGCUGUACGGACGUCAUGACUCGAGCCUUCGUCAAGGCUGGUUUCCUUCUGCCUACGUGGCUGCCACUGAUGAUUUUUUACCUUUGGGUUCAAGUGGGGCGUCGCACAAAAGCCACAGCAUGAACAACCUCCUGGAGCCAACCAGCCAAUCAGAAACUUCAGAAGUUAAAAGCAAUAGCGACAUCACGACUAUGCGUAAAGCUUCGGUUGAUCUGCGUCCGGUCUCUCCACUGCCCAACAACGAAGUAAAAACCAAUCAGAAGACCUACAAUGAGAUACCGACCCCGGCCGCGCCGCAACGACGCGCAUCGACUGACAUUCGCCCAAUAUCGCCACUCCCCGACAGGAGGGCAGAGUCUCAUUUUGAAAGCAAAGUUGAGCAUAAAAGUUAUGAACUCUCGCCUCCAGCCCCGCCCCUUCCAAAUUCCCCUUUACCCGAGCGAAAGGUGGAAUCAAGCACUGAGAGGCCAGCAGCUCAUAUACAACCACAAGAGCAUCCACUUUUUCCCAGAGGAUCGAAUCCCUUUGCCACCGUGAAGCUCCGCCCCACAGUCACCAAUGACAGAUCCUCACCACGGAUUCACUGACGGUUACCAUAGCAAUCCUGAACUCUGACAGGCUCAGGGUCUGUACUAAAUGUCAAAAUCUGUACGGCAGGCAGUAUAGAGUAUGAAAAGAUAUUUCUUUAAAUUUUAAAACUAAAUUUUUAACAGACCUUAUGUACUGUUGGGGACGUUUUCAUCCAAUAUGGGGUGCCUUGUUUUUGAGUCUUAAUUUGGCCAUAACUUUCUCUGUGCUUUAGCAAAUGGAAUGAUUUUUGGUGACAAAUCUUAUAUUGACACAUAUUUUGGGAAAAUGCUUUGAAAUUUUUCAAAAAAAAUCAACAAUACACUUUGGGCAAGUUUACUACCCUUUUGGUAAAUUAAACUGCUGUAAAAAUUUUCAAUUUUCUUUGCAUAAAUCUGUUAAUCAACCUCAGACCUGAUCAGAACUACUAAAUGUUUACAAAAAACUCCAGGAUUUUAUCUCUUUAAUUGAGAAGUUCAUAAAUAAUGUCACUGAUUUGAGGAAACAAUACACAAAAUGACUGAUUUUCAAUAUAAAAACUACAGAGCUCCUAAGGGGACAUGGAGCAAAAAAAAAAAGUUUAGUUUCGCGUGCGCAUGCGAUAGUUUCACGUGCGCAUGCAAAACUAAACUUUAUUUUUUAAAACUUUCACUUCCAAAAAAAUUCUGUCUACAAUUACUUUUUUACCGAGCCCCCAAGGUGACAUUGGAAUAAAAAAAUCUAAAGUUUAGUUUCAUGUGCUCACGCGAAACCUUCAUGUGCAGAUUUUUAUUAAAAAGUUUAGUUUUCAUGCAAUACAUUCACGUGCACACGCGAAAAACUAAACUUUAAAAAAAAAUUCUGCACGUGAGCACAUGAAACUAAACUUUAGAUUUUUUUUACUUCAGUGUCACCUUAGAGGUUCAGUAAAAAAGUAAUUGUGGAUGUUUUUUUUACCUUUUAUUACAGUCUUGGGCAUGUCAAAGAUCAGUAACAACAUUGGCUUUGAUGCAUUGUUAGUUUUUGUGCAGCAUCAGAUUUUAUUUUAUUCUCCCUUAUUUGCCGUUUUCCCCCCAUUGCCAAUGACGAGUUUUUCCGGCAAUCUUUAUUUCUGCUAUUAUCCACCAGGUGGCGCUCUUACCCAACUUAUAAAAACCGGAAGCAUUCCUUUAGGUUAAAAAGUUCAAACUCUGUGUAUGUUUUGAUCAUCGUUCUGAAUCUGAUAUCUAACAAAAGUCUUUCAAAAAUGCAAUUAUCUCAGCUUUUUGCUUUUUGCUGCCAAUAUUUAAGAGGUGAUAAAAAGAGAACGCAGAGGGUCUGUUCUUUCAUUUGAUAUAUUGUAUGUUUAUAUAUUGAAAAAAAACAACAUUUUCUGGAAGGCAUUAAACUUUUGUGAAAAUCAUAAAAAAUGCUGGAGCUGGCUGGCAACUUAAAAAAAAAAAAAAAAAACGGCGGGGAAAGAGUUCACAGAUUUAUGCAAUACCAAUACCAUACAUUUCUUUGACCAAUUCCUGAUUCCUUUAAAAUCGUAAUUUAGUUGUGAUGGUGGUAGAUCGAAUUACUGUGUUUUUGUUUGUGUGUGCAUCUGUAUGGGUAUUUUGUGUUUUUAAGGGCACCUAUUAUGGCCUUUUCACAAGAUGUAAUAUAUGUAAUUUCUAAUAAGGUUUGCCCAGAAUGUGUCUUUGAAGUUUCAGCUCAAAAUACCCCACAGAUCAUUUAUUCUAGCAUGUCCGUUUUAAUGUCUGUACCUUUAAAUGCAAAUGAGCUACAGCUCCCCACUUCCUUAUAAACAGACAAUGAGCGUUUUCAUUUAAAAUAGAUGUGAUUAAUGCAGUCAGAGACAACAGUAUCUAGUGAAAAGAGUACUGAGGGUGGAAACUAUGGUAGUGCAGGACUUUAAGUGGGCGGGGCUUUAUCAAUGUGACCUCACAUUGACAAGAAAAUCAAAACGGCAUGUCUAAUGAGACUGCUUUGAUUUAAUGGGGAUUAAAAAAGAAGGAGCAGGUGGAUUUUUUUCAUUGUAGGGUGGUUGUGUUUACACACUGCCAAUACACAUUUAUAUCCAAACAUCUUGUAAAAGUGAAUUUUGCAUAAUAGGUGCCCUUUAAUGGAUGCUAUAAUCUGUUUAGGGUGUGUUUUUUUAUAAGCUCAACACACAUUUUACAAAAGCUUUGAGUUUGUGUAUGCUUAUUAAAAACAAUUAUAUAUAUAUAUGUAAUUUGUGCGAUUUUGCUCUAGUGUCUAAUUUUUUACAUCUUAAAAUGUUUUUUUUUUUUCUUUUCAUUUUGUCUAACCUGUGGCAGAUGGGGGGAGUGUUUAUGAAGCCUGAGAAAGAACAAUCAUAAUUUUUGCAAAUCAGCUUGUUGACACUAAAAAUGACUUCAGCUUUAAGUUUUAGCUUAAAAACAAAAAUAAAACAAUCCAAAUAAAUGGAAACUGCAGUAUUUUUCUCAACGCAUGGCUUUAUUUCAUAUCUCUCUUGAAUAUUUUUCUCUCAUUUCGUCUCGUCCUUCUUUUCUUGAAUUCACCGUGUUCGGUGGCUCUAUCACAGGGGAGGAGCGUAACAGGGAAAGAGUAACAAACAGAGCGAGAUACGGAGAAGAAAA